CAGCUGAUAUUGCCAGUGAUGAAUACUCACAGCAGUCAGAGCUCCAUCCAGCUGGCUGGCACAGCCUGCUUGUAUAACUUGACCAAGGGGCAAGUGGGAGAACAGAUCCAUCCACACAUUCUCAGAGAUGUUGUCCACACUACACUGACUGCCAUGAACAACUUCCCUACACACGCUCAGUUGCAGAAGAAUGGGUUGCUGACUUUAUGCUGUGAUAGAAUACUACACGAAGUAUCAUUUGACAAGUACUGGUGCGCCCGGCUGGUGCUGGACUGCCUCCUCACCUUCAAUGAUCCCUCCACAGACAGAAUGGCAGUUGCUAUCUGCUCUAUAUUAGCAGCUAAGAUAUCCACGUCCCAGACUGCCCUUCUAGGAGCAAAGGUAAACAUUUAUACUUCAAUCAGUAUUUCU